AUGAGCGAGACCAGCACCCGUCGUUUUGAGAUCGUGGACUUCGCCGAGGUGCCGGGUGUGCCGUGCCCUUGCGGAACCAGUCGGCGGGCCUUGGGCGACGUGGCCGAGUUCCCGGGAACGUUGCACGUGGUCGAUAUCUCGCUCGAUGCCCGGCUGCAUUACCACAAGCGUCUGACGGAGACGUAUUUCAUACUGGAGUGCGAGCCCGACGCGAAAUUGCAGCUCGACGACGAGCUAAUCGACCUGAAGCCGCACAUGUGCGUGGUGAUUCACCCCGGCGUUCGGCACCGGGCCGUGGGGAAGAUGAAGGUGCUGAAUAUAGUUGUCCCCGAGUUCGAUCCCGCGGACGAAUGGACUUCCUCGCCCCCCGUCGUGGUGAAUGGACGAGAAUCGCCCGGAAAUGCUGGCAAUGGGGCCGUGGCCGAAGAGGUCGGCUCGAUCGAUUGGCCCAUGUGGCGUGGGCCCGAGCAAAACGGUAUCUCGCGACAGACCGGGCUCAUCGAUAGCUGGGACCCUGACGGGGAGAACGUUCUCUGGAAGAACGAUAACCUCGGCACGCGAUCAACGCCCAUCAUUAUGAAUGGGAAGUUGUAUCAAUUGAUGCGUGAUGCAGUGGAUACGCCUCGCGAGGGUGAGAAGGUUGUUUGUGUCGAUGCCGACACGGGCGAGAUCUUGUGGGAGAACAAGUUCAACGUCUAUCUGUCGGAUGUUCCCGCGGAACGCGUUGGUUGGUCGUGCUGCGUGGGCGAUCCGGAAACCGGCAACGUGUAUGCCCUGGGUGUGUGUGGAUACUUCCAGUGCAUCGACGGCGAAACGGGCGAGACGAUCUGGUCGCACUCGAUGAGCGAAGAGUACGGCCUGCUAAGCACCUAUGGUGGGCGAACCAAUGUACCGGUGAUCUUUGAAGACUUGGUGAUCAUCAGCGCUGUGGUCAUCGGUUGGGGCGACAUGGCUAAGCCGGCCCAUCAGUUCCUCGCUUUCGACAAGAACACCGGUGAAGUGGUUUGGUUCGAAGGGACCACCCCGCUUCCAGACGACACGACUUAUAGCACCCCGACCGUGACGGUCGUCGAUGGCCGCGCGAUGAUGAUCUUCGAAGCGGGUGACGGAAAGGUGUGGGCCAUGGAGCCCCGCACUGGCCGCCCGAUUUGGCAGUACGACCUGGCGAUGCGGGGUCUCAAUACUUCGCCACUGGUGGUGGGCGACAAAGUUUACGCCGGCAAUGGCGAAGAGAACAUGGACGGCCGCACGAUGGGUGCGAUGGUCGGCUUGGAUGCGACCCAAACCGGAGACAUCAACGAGACCGGUGAACUUUGGCUGACACGCGAACUGCGGAUCGGUAAGAGUUCGCCGCUGAUGGUCGACAACCGGCUGUAUGUGGUUGAUGACUCGGCCGGGCUGUAUGUGCUCGAUCCGGAAACGGGAGAACAAGUGGCCAAGCGAACGAAGCUCGGCACGAUGAUGCGAUCGAGCUUGCUGUACGCCGAUGGGAAGAUCUACGCCUGCACGGCCAAUGGCCGGUGCUACAUUCUGAAGCCCGAUGAGAGGAAGGGCGUGGACAUCAUCCAUCGCCUUCGUCUCCCUGCUGGAAACGAAGUUCAUGGCUCGCCGAUCGUCUAUCGCGGCCGCAUUUACCUGCCAACCACCGACACGCUGUACUGUCUGGCCGAUCCGGAAGCCGAAGUUGGUGUCGACCCGGCCCCGACAGUUCAAGAAGAAGCGCCGGUUCAAGAACAUCCUGAUCCAGCUUACGUACAAGUAGUACCGGCCGAGUCGCUGAUCAAGCCGGGCGAUGAGCUGAAGUUUCGGGCUCGCCUGUUCAAUUCGUAUGGUCAAUUGCUGGAAGACGACGUGGAAGCCACCUUCACGGCUGAUAAUGGUGGGAAGUUCGAGGGCAACACGUUCAUCGCCGCGGGAAGUUCCGAAGGUACGCCUAAGCACAGCGGUGUGAUUGUUACGGCCAAGGUUGGUGAUCUGACGGGAGACGCCCGUAUUCGCGUGGUUCCCGAGCUGCCUUGGCAUUUCGAUUUCAGCGAUGGCCAGGUUCCGUUGACGUGGAUUGGGGCCCGUUAUCGUCACCAACCGCGCGAAGUGGACGGGGAACCGCUGAUGGUGAAAGUGACAACCAUCCCGAAGGGCACACGUAGCCAAUCGUGGAUCGGCCACCCCGAGCUGCACGACUACACGAUUGAAGCCGACGUGAUGGGGGCGAUCACCAAUGGUCGCAUGCCCGAUAUCGGCUUGAUCGGGCAGAGAUACACGCUCGACCUGAUGGGCGACUCGCAACAAUUGCAGAUUCGCACUUGGACCCCUCAACUGUCUCGCAUGUCGGAAACGGUGCCUUUGAAGUGGGAGCCGAACGUUUGGUACCACCUCAAGUUUCGCACCGCAGUGGAGGACGGCGUGGCCGUGCUGCGAGGCAAGGUGUGGCCCCGCGACGAGGCCGAACCCGAGGAGUGGACCGUGGUGGCUCGAGACGAAGCCCCCAACACCAACGGAAGCCCGGGCCUGUUCGGCAACGCGAAAGACGCCGAGAUUUUCUACGACAAUAUCAGCGUAACUCCCAACUGA